AUGUGGGGGUCGUUAAAUGGACAUGGCACGGUGGUGCAGAUACUGCUCGAUAAAGGAGCUGAUGUCAACGCCCAGGGUGGUGAAUACGGAAAUGCGCUCCAGGCUGCUUGUUUAGAAGGAAACGACAAGAUCGUACAGAUGCUGCUCGACAGGGAAGCUGAUGUCAACGCCCAGGGUGGUCGAUACGGAAACGCGCUCCAGGCUGCCCGUUUAAGAGGACAUGAUAAGAUCGUGCAGAUGCUGCAGCAGCGUCGAGCCAAUCAAUUGACAAUGUCUUCCCAUUUUCCUAAAAGGCUCAAGUCGGCGUCAGACCGAGCGGACGUAUCCUAA